AGAGGAACACUGAAUCCCUCCUUCAGUCUUGCACAGGUGUACCGGCUCCUCCCCUACAGUCAUGCACAGGUGUACCGGCUCCUCCCCUACAGUCAUGCACAGGUGUACCGGCUCCUCCUCUCUACAGUCUUGCACAGGUGUACCGGCUCCUCCCCUUCAGUCUUGCACAGGUGUAGCCGGCUCCUCCCCUUCAGUCUUGCACAGGUGUACCGCUCCUCCCCUUCAGUCUUGCACAGGUGUACCGGCUCCUCCCCUACAGUCUUGCACAGGUGUACCGGCUCCUCCCCUUCAGUCUUGCACAGGUGUACCGGCUCCUCCCCUCCAGUCUUGCACAGGUGUAACUGGCUCCUCCCCUCUAGUCUUGCACAGCAAAUGUGGCUCUCCCCUUUCGGUCUUGCACAGGUGUAAGGAGCUGCUCCCCUAAGUGUUGGCAUGGUGGCUGUACUCGCUGCGCUCUCCUACAGUCAUGCACAGUGUUCUCACUGCACUCCAGGUGUUCUCACUGCAGUCUCCCAGUGUUCCUCCCUCCCAUCUGGCACUGCACUGGCUCCUCCCCUCCCAUGUUCUCGCUGCGCUCCCUUGUUCUCACUGCACUCCCGUGUU